GAUGUUUCUAAAGUAUUAUCCACACUUGAUCACAACGAAGUGCGGCGGAAAGUAUCCCCUAUGGCAUAACAACUACGAGGGCGAGAAUGAGCGUCGCAAGUUUAAGGGGCCUAAUGUUAACAACAGAAAAAUACGCGACAUGGUAGUGACUGCUACCAUCAGGAGCAAAGAGGCGGGUAAACUAGAGGAGUUGCUCGAGAUUUUUCGUCAGUCUGGAGGUACGUGUAUUCUCUUCAUUUCUUCCCUUGAUGAGUAAUGGCUGCCAAUAUCAUAGCACGUUAAUUAACAUUGACAAUUUCUUGCUGGAAUCGAGUAAGCUGAUUCGGUUUCAUCAACUUGAUAAUGACAUAGUCUCAUCAUUCAUCUAGUCAAUGAGAUAUGCUUUGAUAUUUCUCGAAUCAAUUCAAAGCUCUACCCGGUGUCUGAUUUCAUUCGAUCUCUCGUCAGUCAUCAAGAUGAUCGCAACUUGCUAUCCUACGAGCAGACGAUAAGAUACAUUGAGUUUCCUGCCCUGGACCUCAGGGUUGAAGAAAAGGAGACAUUUGGAGACAAUAUUCAAUCCGAGCAUUUCGAAGUUUUCCAAGCGCUAGACUGGCUGAAAAAGAAGGGCGUCAAGGAGAUUAUCGAGUUUGUCAUCCGUGACAGGCUUGUGAAUCCGCACAAUGAGAUUGGCAUAGGUCAGUACGUCGAAAGGUUCAAGGUUGAAGUUCUUGAUUGGAGGUUUUUAGACAUGUCCAUCUCCAUCUUGAAAAUAGGUAAAGACAGGAUCAGAGAACUUCAUCUAUACACAGGUGGCAAGCGAUCAGCAAUCAUGCACUGGCUGAGCGAAGAUGGAGUGCGCUCACUUACCAAUGUAUGCUUACACUUCCCUCCACCCACACACAUUGGAGAUGCUUGACAUGCACAGGGGUACUAAUAUAAUACAUUCAUAGCUUCAAAAACUUGAGAUUCAUAUCAUACAGGUUUGGUCAAUGAAUCAGGGAAUUUGGUGCCCAAGUUGGCUAACUUGAAUAUUUGAAGGAGCUAAUGUCAAAAGAAUCCCGCCAAGUCACGACGCGAUUCAUAGACAAAAAUUUCCAAGCUCUAUGUGACGAUAUUAAUGAAAGAAGGAAAGAGGAACAAGGGGAAGAAUACGACAGACUCGAGAAAAAUGUAACGGUUGGGGCUUGGAACCCAACAGUCAAGCGAUUAGCAGACUUGGAAGAAAUGUCGGGUGCAUUCUAUGUG